CCUCCGAUAAUACCUGGUUGAGCGAGGCGAUUUCAGUCAUCUCUACGUCGGUUCAAUUUCGCAGCCGUUCUACCGAAAUCAACUGUCGCGGACCCCUAGCUCAUCCAAGGAGCAUUCAUUAUUACAACCCGCUUACAUCUCGUUGCCUUUGUUCCUUCCGCCUUCGCUGCGCAGCUCUCGUCGUCAAAGCGCUUUCGGCCCACUCGCGCGACACGUCACAAUAUCUAUAUAUCCCCCACCCGGCACGAUCUCUACACGCGCGGUGGAUGAGACUUACGCAGACAUUUGAUCCUCAUUACCCUGUUAUUAUCUACUGGCGCGAUGGGGUCGAUAGAAGCUGAGCAUAGACACAGAGAGCAUCUUCCAGUCCUGGGAUUCUUUGGCAAAGACGGACCUAAUUACACUGCGAAGCAUCCUUCUGCCGCGAUAGGCCCGACAUCUUCACCCACACCACUUUUAAGUCCAACAGCCAUGUACCCUUCGCAAUCCUUACCCUACUCCUUCUCCACGUCCGCCAGCACGGUUUCUCUGCAGGGUGGAUAUAUAUCACCACCAGAUUCGCGACGCGCACUCGAGGAGGAGAAGGAAAAGCCUCCGCAGAGACAGUCGCUCCCUUCAAUCCAUGAGGCUCUGGGAAAUGAUAACCCCUUGCCCUACCCUGCGCCAACCUCUGCCCCUCCGCAACAGGCUCACCAUGCACCUCACCCCCAUCCCCUGUCGUCCAAUGUCGUCGGGCGACCGGGCACAGAAGGACCCCCCGGGCCGCCCAAUCCGUUCUCGAACGGCGCUUCGACUGGCACAUUCAUGCGCGAGUCGACAUUCCCCCAUCAACCUCAGUUGCAAGCAGAAGUGUCGCGGUCGAGCUUGGCCUCAAUAAAUACCCAGGACUCUAGACCUACAUCGCUGCAGUCGUUAAGCUCCGGCAAAUCACCUACCCAAAGUGCUAAAACUGGUCUCACUUCGAUCUCCGGCUCUCAAACCGGUUCUGGUUAUGAGUACAGCGCACCGCCUUCCGCCGGUAGUGUAACUUCUCCCCACGGCUAUGGUACUUUCUCGCAGUCUUUCCAGUUCCAGUCGCAGGCUCCCCUUAAUGCGCCGUCGUAUCCUUCAACUCCGUACGAUACCCGACCUUACGUUGGGCCAGGCUGGAAACCAGGAAUGCCUGAGGCUGCUCGCGCCGAUGAGAUGAAAGGUGUACUUUCCGCCCGCCCUCCGUUGGCUGGACAACACCAUGGCGAUCACGUCAAGCGCCAUCUGGAUAUUUACGAUGUGGAGACCUCACUGAAUGAAAUAGCUGAGAUCAGCACUCGAAGUCUGGAUUUCUCGCGUCACUAUGCAGCCAGAGCGCACCAAACGCAGCGCUCCGGCCCAGUGAUGGGGUCGCUGCCUUCUUUGCACGAGAUUGAGGAGAUACUCAAUCUACAGCGCCGUAACCAGGACGCUUUGAUUCGCAUACGAACUGCAGUGUUGAAUCAAGAGCAUGCUUUGGCUGAGCAAAUGGCGCAAAGAAAAGCUUUCAAAGCCGGAGGCAUGCAUGGUGAUGAUCACGUGGCGAUGUAUCAAGAAGACUAUAAGGGCAAUGGCGGAUUCGCGGGCGCUGAUUCAAAAAAGAGACGAGGGAAAGCUGCUCCUCCUGGUCGUUGCCAUAGCUGCAAUCGUGCCGAAACGCCUGAAUGGCGCCGUGGUCCGGAUGGAGCGCGGACUUUGUGUAAUGCCUGCGGGUUGCACUAUGCCAAAUUGACGCGCAAGAUGGGCGCCAACAAGGCUGCGUCCAUGGGUUCAAAUCUGAGACCCAAGACCGCACUCGAUACCUCGUCACCAAGUAGCCAUUAAGAUUAUCAGCAACUCGGCGUUGGGACUGGCUUUGGGUUUAGAAGCAUCAGGCGUUCCGAGUCCCGUUUGCUUUUAUUCAUCAACACAUCCUCUUGUGGGAUUUUUUUUGUGGGUUUCAUGCGAUUCGCUUCCAGGUUGGCUGGUUCCCAAAACGUCC